UUCGUUUAAUUACUCCUAAAACUUUAUUACUUGUUUUAAAUAAAAUUCAUUGUUUGAUACAAAAUUAUUCGGAAAAAUAAGUGUAAUAAUUUUACCUAAUGUAACCGGCAAAUGAAUAUUUUUAUUUUAAACCAAUAAAUGAUUCAAUAUUAGCCCGCGCAAUUCAAGAAUGAAAUGUAAAAAGUGCCAAUCCAAUCACCAAUCAUCCAAUGUGAAUGUGUUUGUGGACAAUAUCGAAGGGGAACGCCCCCAUAGUUAUUUUGGAGGUAAACAGGCAUCGUGUGUGUUGGAGUGACUGAAUACAUAAUUCUAGAGAUGACUGUAGAUGAAAGAAAUAUAACUUGCUACCAGUAAUAGUAAUCAAGACAGCGACUGAGCAACUCUUUUCAAAUGGAGAGUGCCCAGAGUGAGCAGACGACUGCGUCGGGUCUUCGUGUUUCUCAGAGCGCAUGCAGAAAUGCUGUGUUGUUCAGGACACCAAGGAGCCGAAGGAUUACAGGUGUCAGAUCUUUCUUCCGGAGGACUCCUACCAGACAGGAAGAGGCGAGGCUUGAUCAUUCUGAAGACAUUAUUGUCAACAAGACAUGGAAGUUGUACCGAUUAUCUCCCCUGUAUAAGUUCAGUCACAAAGCGUCUGACCUGAGAAGAUAUGGAACAUGCCUGGCAUCAUUUAUUGCCAUUGAGCGAGCGAAAGGCUUUGAUUUUGAGUCUGACAAAGUGGACAAAGCCAUCUUCAAUAUGAACAAAGGAAUCAAAGUGUCUUCAGUGGAUCCUGAAGCUAUACAGAUAGUAAUCUCAGGAAAAUCAAAACCAGAAUCGGAAUCUUCGACCGUUCUGCUGACGGCAGUUUUAUGUGGGGUCGACAUGGAGGAAAACCCAAUCAACGAGAAUUCAGACAAUUUUACAUUUUACCCCAUAAUGCUGAUGAAGAGUGCAGUGAAACUGUCACAGUUUUUUAUCACAUGGAUGGAGAGGCAGUUUGACUGUCGAAUUACUCCUUUCAAACUGAGUCCACACCAGUUGUCCUGGAUGGUAGCGAUGUGGAGCGGCCUGGCGUCAGAUAGUACAAACAAACCGAUAAAGUUGGUGUAUUCUGUGCCACCAGAGGUUGAAGGUUUGAAGCAAAUUACAUACAGCAUUGACCCACACGACUGCAAGGAAUUGUGGGAAAGUAUACACGACAAGAGUAAGACAAUGUUUACAGAAGAAGAAGUCAGCAAGUUCAUGUCCAGUAUUGAGACUCAUUUCUUUAACUGUUUCUUCAUCCGAAUUUCUGCAAUGCCUUUGACUAGUACAGGAACACCUGUUGCGUACUGUGAUGGAUCGGGCAAAAUAAAGAUUUUCUCACACAAGCACGUGACCGCUGUUCUGCGAUAUCUGACGGAACUUUCGCUGGAGCAGUUCAUCCAGAUAUGAACAUUAACAGUGGCGGCUCACCCGGUCCACACACCCCCCCCCCCCCCCCCCCCCCCCCCGAGAAUCCGAGGAAUCCCUUCAGGAACGUGGCCACAUGUCAUUGCCCCCCACCCUCCCCCAAAUAGAUUUUCUGGAUCCACUACUGAUUAAACAGUGUAUUGUGUUAAAGUCAUUGACCCUGAUGAUUUUUGACUAUUAUAGGGUUGCCUUUUUUUUUUGCCAAAUGAUACAUUAAUUAAUUAUCAAUUUUGGCUAAGCCAUGGUGUUUGUGCUCAUUCUGUUAUUUGUAAUAGCUCAAAAUGCAUUUCAUGUGAAGCAAUGGGUACCUGUGUGAAAAAUUGGGCCCAAUAUCUUUAAGCUUAAAAACGAAUCUCCAAUAGCAUUAAUAGUGCUUGGUACCUUGGGCAAUUGUCUGGAUCCUAACGAGGCUCUGGGAAUGUUAAAGUAUAAAUUCUACCCUUGUUAGAGGCAUGGACUAACUUGGUAGAGUGCUCGCCUGAGGUGCUUGGUCAUGGAAUCGAACAACAUCACUGGACCCAACAACAUCACUGGACCCAUUCUCUUGAGCCAACAAGUGCACCGUGACUCGUAUAUCAAAGGCGGUGGGCGCAGUGUCCUUUAAAACGGUGUGUCAAAUAGGAACAAAUGUUUGACAUCCGAUGGCUGAUAAUUAGUAGUGUUGUUUAACAAAACUUUUAUUAUAUUUUAUUUAAAUAAAACUUAUUUCUAACUUAAUAUCACUAAGUGCUAUCCUAUCUGGGAUAUAAAAUGGAAAAUGUAGCGGGUUUCCUCUCCAAGACCAUAUGUCAAAAUUACCAAAUAUUUGACAUCCAAUAGCUGAUAAUCAAUAAAUUAUUGUGCUCUAAUGUCGUUAAAACAAACUUUAACUGUAAAUAAUAAUGUUUUUCAAAUUGUUUACGAAAUAAUUUUAAGUAUAAAAAUGUUUUAAUCUGGAUUUAAUCAGAACAUGUUUUGAAAUUUGAUUUUUAAUUGUAGUGAAUUUUUUUAAUGUUCACUAAAACAUUAAAUUUGUAUUAUGCUAUAGUUAUAGACACUUAAGAUUGUUAACGAUUGAGAUUACUGCUUUUUUCAAUGCCUUUUGAAAAAUUGCUGUCAUUUAUUUAAAACCUUGUACUCCAUGACUUCACACUUUGACGAAGGUUUCACUAUAUUGUGUAGACAUCAAAAUUAAUUUUAUUUGUAUAUAAUGACCGUUAAACCGUCAGGGGCAUCACUAGGGGAUUUAGUGAUAAAAACAAACCCCUUUUAAGUCGCUCUUUUCAGUGUUUUUACUGUAGCUUAUUUAUACAUGGUAACUUGCUGCCUGUCGUAAAAAGAGUAGCCUGUGUGGCGACAGCGGGUUUCCUCUAAAAACAGUGUCAGAAUGACCAUAUGUUUGACGUCCAAUAGCUGAUGAUAAGAUAAAAAAAUCAAUGUGCUCUAGCGGCGUCGUUAAAUAAAACAAACUUUACUUUAUACAUGGUAAAACCUGUACAUCAAUGAACGUCUUUUAAUUUAGUUAGGUAAUGUGCAUUUAAAUAAAACGUAUAUGUAUA